CACAGACGCAAAGUCUACUCCCAUCGACAUCGACUACUAGCUCUAAUCAAGAAGCAACCAUGUCUCAGAACGCUCUUUACUCGUACGCGAAGAGCAGGACGAUGAGCCGCUACGCUGGGUGGCUUCCCUCUCGCCCGGAAGUGUAUCGUAGCUUCAUGCACGUUCACUACCACAUCGGCAAGGACGGUUGGCAAGCCCAAAGAGCCCAUGAGCCUGCUGUCGCUGAAUUCGCGGCUUCGAUUAGGAAGCACCCUGAUAUGGUCGCGUUGUUCGACCAAAUCUUCAAGCAGGUUGCUCAAAUCCCGGAUUUGAAGACGAUCAAGAGCUUCGAAGAGCUCCUCCAUGCUAUGGAUAGCAUCGUCACGUCUCCCCCCAAGUUCCAUAUCGCGGAGGAUGAACAUGGCAAUCCCAUCGGAGAGCCUAUCGGCGUUCCCAUGUACCUUCUCUUCGAUCUGCUCAGCAACACCUCUGCUGGGUACGAUUUGUUCAGGAUGCCCGCCUUCAACGAGAUCCUCAAGACUUUGCUCAAUGAAUGGGGCAAGUUCCUUACCACUUUCCCUUCCGCCAGCUCCCUCCACGACGGCGACGAAGGCUGGUUCAGCACCAUCGCCCUGCAGCAACUCGAGUCGGAUGGCCGUGGCGAGUUCAACGCCACUUACGUCGUCCCCAAUCCCAGCGAGCCCCACCGUGGUUACACAUCCUGGGACGCGUUCUUUACUCGAGAGGUUCAGCCUUCUGCUCGACCCAUCCUCAAGCCCGAGGACAAGUCCAUCAUCCACAGUGCUUGCGAGUCGACCGUCUACAACAUCCAGUCCAAGGUCAAGAAGCACGACCAGUUCUGGUUGAAGACCCAGGCCUAUUCCUUGUACGACAUCCUCAACAAGAACGAUGAAGAUGCCGACAAGUUCGUUGGUGGAACAAUCUACCAAGCGUUCUUGAGCCCAUUGGAUUACCACCGCUGGCACGCGCCUGUCGAUGGGGAGAUCGUGAAGACCGUCCUCGUCCCCGGGUCCUACUACGCUGUCCUUCCCGAUGCCGGUGCUCCACAAGACGACCCCGAUCUCAAGCCCGGCGACCCCCACGGUGCUCUCAUCCGCUCCCAGGGCUGGCUCACCGUCGCCGCCGCUCGCGCCCUCAUCUUCAUCAAGGCCGACAAUCCCGACAUUGGGCUCAUGUGCUUCGUCGGUAUCGGUAUGGCGGAAGUCUCCACCUGUGAUAUCACCGUCAAGCAAGGCGACAAGGUCAAGACUGGUGACCAGCUCGGGAUGUUCCACUUUGGAGGCUCGAGCCAUGCUCUCAUUUUCGGCCCUCAAACUAAGAUCACGUUCGCGCGCGAAGUUACUGAGAAGCAGAACCCGCAUUUGUUGGUCAACUCGGUUAUUGCGCAGGUAUCCAAGGCGGAGAAUUAGCCUAGAACUGUCUUUUUUGAUUGAACGAAUGGUGUAACAGUAGUGUUUUGUGAAUCUAGAAUCUUGUUGUUCUCAC